GACGGGAACAAACAAAAAAACAUCAUGCCGACAACAAUCUCGGCGAGAAUGGCCACCAUCUUGUGAGGCCUCCGCUUGUGACGCAUUUGAUAAGGUGACGGCGUCGAGGCCCCCCGAGCUCAGUUCUGCACACAUCGUCCUGGGAGAGAGCCACAGUCACUUUCAGGCCUAUCUAGGAAUAUUUAUUCCCGCUAAGUACAAGAAGACAUCACCAUAUUGGUCCUCGCCAUGGAAACCCUGGAUGCUUCCACUCUAUCAGCUUCAGCUGUCACCUAUGACCCUAAAUCCGAGGCUGUGACAUUGCCGGGAGGCGUGGUCUCUGUGGCGGGCAUCACUGUGGUAACUGGUGGCGUGGAGCUGUCCUGCAGCUCCUGCAUGCUGGCCUUUGGCUUUUGGGGCACGCUCAUCGGCUUCAGCUGCAUCGGCGUGGGCGCGUGGGACCAGCUGAACCACUUGAGAGAGGGGACCUCUCACCUACUGGCGCUUGGACUGGUGAUCCUGGCCCUCAGUUUUGCCGUGGUCGGCAGCGUUGUGGUGUUCUACAUCCUGACUAAGAAAAGGAGGGUGGGGAGGCGGAGAAUGAGGCAGGAAGGAAAAGAGGUGCUUGUGGAGGAGAAUGUAGUUAAACGGGUAACAGUGUAAUUGACACUUGGAAGAGAUUUGCUUUGGAUUUGUUUAAUUAAAAGCAAACCUGUUUCGCUGA